AUGACAGGCUCACACGGAAUUGAGUCUAAUCAUCUGUCUGCACACGAGAAUGAGACUGAUCAUCAGUCUGCGUCAUCUCAGGAAUGUCAACCACUGCCACCUGAUGAGCUAUACUUCAAGAACACCGAGUUCACCAAGACAUGUAAAAUACAGAGCAAGUGCCAUGUGAGGGAGACGGUGAAAAUCCUGAAGAAGGCUAAGUUUAAGCCUGAGCGGGAGUGGUUUAAAAACCACCCUCAGUUUUGUCAUUUUUUCCACAUGCACGAUGAACCAAACUUGAAGCUGCUGGGUAUGUGGAUGCUUUUACUGUGCACUGUUCCUUUAGACGAGUCAGAGGACAUAGCUUGGUUUUCUGUUAAUGGCGUGCCCAUUCGGUAUUCAAUGAGAGAGCAUGCUCUCAUCUCGGGAUUGGACUGCCAUGAAUACCCGGCUAAGUAUAAGAAGAUUGGAAGCUUUGCGUUUGUAGACAGGCAUUUCAGUUCACAUAAGGAAAUAACAUUGAUAUCUGUGAGAGAGAAGUUGGUGAGUAUGAGUCCGUGUGGGGAGCGACUCAAGAUGGCGGUGCUUUACUUCUUAGGCGCGAAUAUCAGUGUGAAGGGAAGGUAUAAUGCCCCUUUUGACUCUUUCAUAUUAAGAGUCGUUAAUGGUGUGGAGGUUUGUAAAACCUUUCCUUGGGGUCGCUUGAUGUUUGAUGAUGCUAUCAGGUCCAUCACUCACGUGAUGAAGCAUCUGAAAGGGAAACCUAAGCAGACUGUCAACUUUCCCGGGUUCAUAAUUCCUUUGGAGCGGUUCCAAAGUAACAACAUGAAGGGUUAUCCUCUUGAGGAUUUGUACAACACACUUGGACAAACUAAGUUUUCUUGUCCUACGGUUGAUGAAGAACCUCUCAUGGCACGCAUAAUGGAUGGGGAGCCAGACUAUGGAAAUGAAGAUGGCUUGAGUAGUUUGUGGAGCACAUGGCUGACUGUUAAGGAGAAGCCUAUCUUUUGGCAAGAACUCUAUGAGUUAGAUGUGGCUGCAAGGGAGUUUCCUAAGAAGAAAGACAAAGGAAAAUUGAAUGAAGAAACAUCCUCCUCUAAUCAUAGAGUGGAGGACGUUCUGAAAGGUCUUGAAGAGAGGUUAAUGACUGGUUUGAGUGAAGUGUGUGUGAAGGUGGAGAAAAUGGACAAGAGACUUGGUGUCAUGUAA